GCCUCUUUGUACUCUCUCUUUCUCUCUCUCUCUCUCUGUCUCUCUCCCUCCCUCUCAAGUGGCUCAAAGAGAUAGGAGAGUGGAGAGAAUGGGGAAGAACCCUAAAGAACACAACUCUUGUCUUCUACUUUUUUCUCUACUUCUCUCGACGUCUAUUGUUCAAAUCCAUGGAAAGAAGCAAGGAGAAAUUCUAGGUUCUCUCCACAAAGCAAAGUUCCAGAAUAUUGGGGUCGACAAGAGGCAUUUUCAUGCGAUUGAUGGCCAUGGAUUAAAGGAAGAACCCAAUUCUAGGCUGCAUUCUCAAAAGGGACUGAAAGGGAAAGACAAGAUCUGGAGAUUGCCUGGACAACCGCCAGUUGAGUUCAAUCACUAUGGUGGUUAUGUCACAGUUGAUAAAUUGGCGGGUCGAGCAUUUUUCUACUACUUUGUCGAAGCGCUGCGUGAUAAAGAUUCUCUUCCUCUUCUUCUAUGGCUUAAUGGAGGUCCCGGUUGCUCAUCCCUUGCCUAUGGAGCGAUGCAAGAACUCGGGCCAUUUCGAGUCCACAGUGAUGGCAAAACUCUUUAUCGAAACAAAUUUGCGUGGAAUAUUGCUGCGAAUGUGUUAUUUCUAGAAUCUCCGGCCGGUGUCGGUUUCUCGUAUUCAAACACUACGUCCGAUUAUAGCACCAAUGGAGAUCGGAAAACGGCAGAAGAUAACUAUGUGUUUAUUCUAAAUUGGCUUGAGAGAUUUCCCGAAUACAAGAACAGGGAUCUUUAUCUAUCUGGUGAGAGCUACGCGGGUCAUUAUGUACCUCAGCUUGCUCACGACAUCCUCCACCACAACAAGGAGGCAAACCGGACCGUUAUUAAUCUCAAAGGCAUUAUUAUUGGAAACGCUGUGAUCGACGACGAGGCGGAUCUAAGAGGAAUGUACGACUAUUUAGUAACGCAUGCGUUGAUAUCGGACGAAACAUGGAGCAAGAUUCAGAAGUACUGCAACUUCUCCGCAAAUGCCAGCGCCCAGUCGAGCCGGUGCAUUUCGGCGGCCGAUGAUGCGGACGACGAUGUGUCGUCCCUCGACAUGUACAACAUCUACGCACCCUUGUGCUCUUCCUCCAAUCUCACUUCGAUCCCCAGGAAGGCGUCCAUGAUGAAGUUCGACCCAUGCAGCGAGGACUACGUUCAUGCGUACAUGAACAGAGCAGAUGUGCAGGAGAAGCUUCAUGCGAACGUGACCAAACUCAAGUUCGACUGGGAACCAUGCAGCGACGUGAUCCAGAAAUGGGGAGACAGCCCUCACACCAUCCUCCCUCUCCUCCACGAACUCCUCUCCCAUGGACUUCGCGUCUGGGUCUUCAGUGGGGACACGGAUGGGGUCGUGCCGGUGACUUCGACCAAGAAAUCUCUUCAUAAGAUGGGCCUCCCGACAAAACGUCCAUGGCGUCCAUGGUGGGGGGAUAUGUGCAAGUGUACGAGGGAGAUCUGACGUUCGUGACGGUGCGAGGGGCGGGGCAUCAAGUGCCAAGUUACCAGCCCAGGAGAGCCCUCUCUCUCGUCUCUCACUUCCUUUCUGGCUCUUCACUCCCAUCUCAACAGCAAUAGCAUAGACCCAAUUCAUGAAGACGAUCGAUUGCUUUUACUUGUUCUAUUGCCCUUUCUGUCGAUUACCAUUUGGGAAUUUGACUCUUUGUCCUUCCAAGAAAUUAAUCGAUUUGGAUAGUUACGAAUUCAUUUUCCCCUUUCCCUUCUUUUGAAGAUAGUUGGACUGGACGGGUGUGGUGUUAAACCUCUUUUUUUCCGCCG